AUGAAGAUUAACCAGGACACUGUGCUGCAAGGACAGAGGGUGACCCUGGUGCCAUACACUUCUGCACACGUGCCCCGGUACCAUGAGUGGAUGCAGUCAGAGGAGCUGCAGCGCCUGACCGCCUCUGAACCACUCAGCCUGGAGCAGGAGUAUGAGAUGCAGCGCAGCUGGCGGGACGACGCAGACAAGUGCACCUUCAUUGUGCUGGACACGGAGCGGUGGUUCGGGCAGGCGGGUGCAGAAGAGGACUGCAUGGUGGGGGAUGUGAAUAUCUUCCUCACCGACACUGAGGAUCCGACUUUGGGCGAGAUUGAAAUUAUGAUUGCAGAGCCCAGCUACCGAGGCAGGGGUUUUGGCAAGGAGGCAACUCUAACGAUGCUGUCCUAUGGAGUGAGAAACCUGGGGAUCACCAAAUUUGAGGCUAAGAUUGGUCAGGAAAACGAAGCCAGUAUCUGCAUGUUCAAAAAGCUUCAUUUUAAAGAGGUUGCUGUGAACAGCGUUUUCCAAGAGGUGACGCUGAGGCUGGAUGUCAGCGACCAGGAGAGACGAUGGCUCCUGGAACAGACCAGCCAUGUGGAAGAGAAGAGCUACAUUGAACUGAAGCUGCCAGCUGAGGUGCUGGAGACCUGA